AUGGGGCUUACAUUCCCCUACACCUACAUCUCCUGCCCUUGCUCAGAUGGGUCGAAAGAGAUUGAAGAAUCAAGGCUUCGACCUGCCCCGCUCUUCCACAAGAAACCACUAGCCGAAGAGCCUGAGGAAGUUGAGGAGGAGAAGGAGGAGGCACCCUUUGAUCCGCAUCAUCCACGCGCCAGUUUCUCUCUCUUUCCGCCUGAACAUCUGCUCUACUGCGAGGAAUGCCGUGAUCUAAAAUGUCCCCGCUGUUCGAUUGAAGAACAGGUGUCAUAUUUCUGCACCAGCUGUCUAUUUGAGACGCCUGCUUCUGCUGUUCGAAGUGAAGGGAAUCGAUGUGCGCGCAAUUGCUUCAACUGCCCCAUCUGCUUCUCGCAACUCAGCGUCAACAACAUCAAUGGCGCCGUCAAGGAAGGCCCCUGGAUUCUCAACUGCUAUUACUGCAUGUGGACAUCCCUCGACAUCGGCAUCAGAUUCGACAGACCAACGAAUAUCCGAGCACAAUUGGAUAGGAUUGCCAAUGGCGGCACACCCAAAGCACCAUCCAAACCUACCGAGACGCCAGAUCUUGCCAGAAGAUCAUCGUAUCUCAAUCACGAAUCUUAUCCACAACUCUCAGCCACAACAAAUGAACCCCCACCAAUCCAGCAAGAUGGCUCCCCCAAAGAAGCACCUCUCGAUCCAGCUGCCCGCUUCACUGCCCUAAAAGCAUUCUACAAGAACCAGCUCACAACCACAACGGCCGCCAAUCCGACCCAUCCCUCCAUUUCCAGCGAUUUCUCCUACUCCUCCCCCUCCUCACUAAACCGAAUUCUAAACCUCUACUCCACCUCGGGAACCUUCCCACCAAAAAAGAAACCCAAACCUCAACUUAUGCGAGAAGCGCUCUACCCUUCCGAGGGCCUCCUCAUCCCCAGCCCAGACGCCGCAACAUCAGCCCAAACCAAACUCCUUUCCAGCGCCACCGGAGGGUUCAUCAACACCACCACCCUAUCACAACGGCAUUUCCAAACCGGCCCGGCGGGUGGAAACCCAGACGCUCGCUUCGUCGAUGAAUUGAGGCCCAUGCCGGCGCCGCUGACGACAAAACGAGCAAAACGCUGCAAAGAAUGCAGACACAUCCUUGUGAAGCCCGAAGCAAAACCCACGAGCACGAGGCACAGAAUCAAAUUAGUGGCCUUGAGCUAUAUCCCCCAUGUCUCGCUGAGACCUCUCCUGGGAACCUCAGCGGCGGGAGGUGGUGCAUCAACAUCAAGCGCUCCCUCCGCCCUCCUAUAUGGCGGAGACGUCAUCCUAGAGCCGGGUAAGCCGACGCAGUGGAUCCUCAAGCUGACGAAUUCGCUCUUCGACGCCGUAAGAGUCAGUAUCGCGACUCCGGCUGUUACGCCGGGCAAGUAUGGGCACAGAGUCACGAUCUUGUGUCCACAAUUUGAGAUUGGGGCCAAUAGCGAUGUUUGGGAGGAGGCGCUGGGUUCUAAGUCUGGCGACGCUGCUGGUUCUGCUGGGAAAAUCUCUGGUAGUGGAAAUGGAGGAGUUGCAGAGGCCGGGAAGGUGUAUGAGAAGGGGAGGAAUUGGACGAGUGUGGUUGUGGAGGUGGUGCCUGUGAGUAUUGCUCAGUCAAUCGUAGAGACUGCAGAUAAGGAGGAGAUACAGGUGCGAGAAGUGGAUGAGGACGAGGAUGUGCUGGAAAUCCCUAUUCGAGUGAGGUUGGACUGGAAGCAAGGUGAUUUGGAUGAUGGCGCGAAUAAGAAGGCAAGGUUGAAUGAAGAAGGGGUGGAAGACGGGGUGCGGGAACUCGCUUAUUGGGUGGUUUUGGGAGUGGGUAGAGUGAAGAAGUAA